AUGAUCAAUGGUAAAAUUCGUGUUGGUAUAUCACAUCGAAAAUUAUGGGAAGAAUUUCAUCGUAACAAUAAUGAAAUGAUCUUGACAAGCAAAGGAAGAUGUAUCUAUCCUCGAAUUGGAUAUUCUGUGGAAGGUCUGGAACCGAAAACAAUGUAUUUCAUAUGUCUUAAAAUAUGUCGAACUGAUCGUGCCAGAUACAAGUAUACAGCUGGUGAAUGGCAUGUGACAGCUACAGGAGAUCCUGAAAGUGAAGCAAAAUAUAUUUAUCCAGAUAAUGGAUCAACACAACUUGGACAAUACUGGAUGAAUAAUGGUAUCCGUUUUGGUAAACUCAAAAUUACGAACAGUACUAAAGAUUGUUCCACAAAUGUACUUCUCACUUCCAUGCAUAAAUAUCAUCCUAUUCUGUAUAUUCACAAAGUUUAUGCAACACCAGCAUUAUGUCUCGAUGGUUCUACCAUAUUAACCAAUCAAUACCAGUUGGUGAAGAGUUUUACCGAUCAAAUUAUGGAAUUCAUAGCUGUUACAGCGUAUCAAAAUCAGCGGAUCAUAGAAAUGAAAAAGAUACACAACAGUUAUGCUCGUGGACAACGUGGUGGUACCACUAGAAGCAAUAAUAAUUUAACUACCGAUAGCAAUGAUGCUACUGUUCCAUUAGCAGAUGACCGCACGUUGCACUUACCAGCCAGUCCUUUGAAUAAGUAUAAACCAUACUGGACAAAUAGAUCACCUUAUUUUCCAAAUGAUAAAAGAAAUGUUUCACAUCCAAUUCAUCUGCUAUCAUCAAAUUGCAAUCCUUCAGCGAUAGCAACUUAUCCCAUUGCGCCAUGUUCAUCGAACCUCAACACUUCUGGAUAUGUCUUAUCUGCUAAUCAUCAAAACUCUUUAACUAAUUCUAAUUCCUCUAUUAACACUCUUAGCGAUUCCGAAAAUACUCUUUCUGCAAGUAUUUCAAAUCUGCAAAAACCAUCAAUUGCAUUAGAACAACGGAAUUUCUUAAAUUCUUCAAAUUUUCCUACAUUGAAUCUACCGAGUAUGUGGAAUUAUAGUACUCUGUGGCAUCAUUUCCCAGUACCUUAUUCAUCCUUUGUAACACAUAAUCCUCGUUAUAUUUAA